AUGUGUAUUUCUGCUGUUACAAUCCAGCGUCAAACUCUUUUGUUUUCUGCCACUAUUCCGGAUGAGGUUCAUAAAAUUUGUGAUGUUGCUUUGAAACUGGACCAUGAAUUUAUCAAUACAGUACAGGAAGGACUCGAGGAGACAAAUUCACAGGUGAGACAGAUGCAUAUAGCUGCUCCUUUAGGCAACCACUUUUCGAUUCUAUAUACUCUGCUGAAAGAGCAUAUAAAAGAUGAUGCUAAUUAUAAGGUUCUUGUGUUUUGCACAACUGCAAUGGUUACAAGAUUUAUAGCGGAUCUCCUUAUGAAGCUUAACUUGAAUGUCCGGGAAAUUCAUUCUCGAAAACCACAAAGUUACAGAAACAAGAUUUCUGACGAAUUCCGGAAGUCAAAAGGUCUAGUUCUUGUAACUUCUGAUGUAUCUGCACGAGGAGUAGAUUAUCCGGACAUUACACUUGUUCUUCAGAUUGGCGUGCCAGCUGAUAGACAACAGUACAUACAUCGACUAGGUAGAACUGGACGUAAAGGUAAAGAAGGACGAGGUAUACUCUUGUUGGCACCUUGGGAAGAGUUCUUUUUGUCCAGUAUCAAAGACUUGCCAAUAACAAAGGCAUCAGAACCAAUGGUUGAUUCAGACUCGAGGAAACAGGUUGAACGCGCACUAUCCCGUGUAGAUGCGAAGGUUAAAGGCACAGCUUACGGGUCAUGGCUUGGAUAUUACAAUUCCAAUAAGAAUGUGCGUAGAGACAAGAAUCGACUCGUCAUGCUCGCAAACGAGUAUAGUCGAAGCAUGGGACUUGACAACCCACCCGCCAUUGCGAAGAAAAACCUCAGAAAAAUGGGCCUACAGAACAUUCCUGGACUGCGUUCUGAGUAGAUAUGGUGUACUUUGUCAUUGCCAUAAAAAAUUAUGUGAAUUUAGGUAAAAUUUUGGUUGAGUAUGAAUUAUAAAUUUAUAGAGGUUCUUGGAACUUGCGUAAUUUACGAAUUCUGAGAUUUAUUAAUUUUGAUGACAAUGAAAAAGAUGGCUUGGCAUUG